AUGAACAAAGCAGAUCCCUGGAGGAGAGAGGGGGGCAUCGGAGAUCCCCCUUCCCAGCCCCCAGACCACUGCCAGGCUGGUCCUUCCCGCCUACGCGACGCCCCCUACACCCCCUAUGAACCCACACGGCGGCAGCCCACUGUGGCGAGACACGAUGGUGCCAAACAACCAAAGACACUAGCACGGCGCGACCCCCGAAGACGGCGACCACCUCCCCCCGCCUCCCCACUCACCCUCCUCCCCGCCUUUCUCCUCCCCUUCCUCUAUCCCGUCGCCGCCGCCCCCGCGCACGCCCCCCCGCCGUCGGUACCCACUUCGAGAACCGGCCUGCACGCGACGAGAACGGUAUCAGGCGGGUCGAAGGCAACGACACCGCCUUUGGGGGCACUUGAUCGGCGUGUGAUCUACCCCGAGAAUAUGCAAACGCCCACCAAGCUGCCGACGGAUGUUGUCCUUGUGGACGAGACUGCUCUUCCGUAUCUGUUGACGCAACUGGAAGACGGGACGUGGACAAGGGCCGAUGGAGGAUGGUAUCUUUACGGGCGAAAAGUAGCGCCGCCGUCAGGUGGCGCAAUUCUAGCAGAUGGCGACGGAGACGGUACAGUCACGGAUAGUCAGACUACUCAAACUGCAAAGCCUUCCUAUGCUGUCGAGGAAGCACUGCCUAACGGCUGGGGCACAUCGUCCAAUCGAACGAGUUUAUACAAAGUCCCACUCAUUUCUGUGGCUAGUGUCAUCAUGGCGCUGCUCAUCACUGCUCUCAUCAUCUUCUACGUACUCGGUCGCAAAAAGCGGCACCGCAAACAAAAACGUGCAAAAGAACGUAUACGUCGGAAAGCCCUCGCCGCUGCGGGGCUUAACGAAAACGACAUCAACGGCAGCGCCGCCGAAGCCGUAUUCAAAGAAAAGCUCGCAGAGAUGGAGGCGAAACACAAGGCCAAGAAGAAGCGAGAGGGACAGAUGGAGUUUGCGAGUGGAAAGGUCCGGGGGUGGAAUGCCAGGUUGGCGGUGGUGAGAAGAAGAAAGGGUCCACGGAAAGAGAAGGGCAAGGGAACGACAGAGGUGCUCGAGGAGGAGAACAGCGAUGUGGAGAUUGACCGGACGAUUGUGGAAGAACCAUCGCCCAGCGCUGAGGCAGACGUACCAAUCGUCAGCCCAUCUCGUGCGCCUUCACCAGCGCCUUCUUCCCAUUCUACCCCGCCUCCCGUCGAAACGCCCGCACCACCAACUGAAGCACAUUUCCACCCUCUCACGUCACCCACACCCUACUUCCCGCCGGCCUAUCGCCCCGCAUCGGUUCGCUCCAUCCCUGCCGCCUCAGCAUCUGUUGUUCUUUCACAUCCUUCCUCCUCACGGGCUCUUGAUGAAGCAGGUCCUACUCAUGUUGAAAAGACACAAGCACCUGGCUACUAUCCCGCCCCGGCUACCGAAGAUGGCGAGCGCGCCCUUGCCGUGGCAUCAAGGAGUGAUGGCAAAGCGAGGGUGGUGGAUGUCGAUGAAGAUCAGGCCGAGGCGUUGGGAGAUGACCGGGAGGAGUCAAGGAGAGCGCAUGUGGCGACAGAUGAUAAAUGGGUGCUCGAAAGGCUGAGGAUGGGUGCAUCGGCACCUCCUGCAGCGCAAGAAGCAGAUGAGAGGGGACCUUCAGCGCCUGAAGUCAUGCUCGACGAACAGGGCUUUGAGAUACCCGCUGUCCUUGAUGAAGAUGAUGAUCUCUACGACCAGCCUUCUCAGCCUUCGACUGCUUUCCCGGCACCGCCCAUGCUCAGUAGAAGACUGGCGCAGUUCCACAACCUGGACGGGCCGAGUCCUUCGGCGCCCUCUGCACCCCCGACAGAGUCCUCACCCGAGAUACCUUCGGCCCCACCUGCGUUGGAGGGUGAGAUCGAGUCUUUGGCGCCCUCUGCCCCGCCCAUGGAAGAUGAGCAAAUGUUUCCAGAACUGGACAGUGCGCCGUCAGCGCCACCGCCCAUCGAGGAAGAGGACGAAGGCCAUGCAUGA